CGAGAGCAGCUGGGACCUGGGCACUAUAAAAGACAGCCGCUGCCAGUUUCCUUCACCACUGGCUUUCUUGUCCCCACCCGAGCAUCCUGAUGGAGCUGCAAAGGACCUUGGCCAAGGAUCUGGACAAGUUCAUCGAAGACCACCUCCUGCCAGAUGGCCCUUUCCGAGAAAGGGUCAAUGAAGCCAUUCAUAUCAUCUGCAGCUUCCUGAAGGAGAGGUGUUUCCUCCGAGGUGGCGGCCGCCCUGUCCGGGUGUUGAAGGUGGUAAAGGGCGGCUCCUCCGGCAAAGGCACUGCCCUCAGAGGCCGGUCCGAUGCCGACCUCGUGGUCUUCCUGAGCACCUUCGGGAGUUUUCAGGAGCAGUUUGAUCACCGAAAAAUGUUCAUCCAGGAAAUCAGAAGGCAGCUGGAAGCCUGCAAAAGAGAGAAAGUGUUCCACGUGCAGUUUGAGAUCCAGAACCAGAGCCACGACACGGCAAUGCUGCAGAGCCAUAGAUGGGGGAACGCCCGGGUGAUACAGAACCCUCGCUCGCUCAGCUUCACCCUCUCCUAUGGCCCUUCCUGGAGCUUUCCCCAGAAUGGGGUGGAGUUUGAUGUCCUGCCCGCCUUUGAUGUCCUGGGUCAGGUGACAAAAGACUACAAACCUGACCCCCAAAUCUACGUCAGGCUCAUCCAAGAGUGCGAACGCCUGGGGAGAGAGGGCGAGUUCUCCACCUGCUUCACGGAGCUGCAGCGCGCCUUCCUGAAGGAUCGCCCGGCCAAGCUGAAGAGCCUCAUCCGCCUGGUCAAGUACUGGUACCAAGAGUGUAAGCGGGAGCUCAGACAGCCCCUGCCGCCUCAGUACGCCCUGGAGCUGCUCACAGUCUACGCUUGGGAGCAGGGGAGCAAGGAAGCAGACUUCGUCACGGCCGAGGGGUUUCAGACCGUCUUGCAGUUAGUUGUGAACUACCGGAAUCUUUGCGUCUACUGGACAAAGUAUUACGACAGGAACCACCCUGUUAUUGGCCCAUACCUGAGCAGGCAACUCCAGAAACCCAGGCCUGUGAUUCUGGACCCAGCUGACCCGACAGGAAACGUUGGUGCGGACAACCUACCAGGGGGCUGGGAGCGGCUGGCGGGAAAGGCCAGAGUCUGGCUGACUUACCCAUGCUUUAAGAAAGGGAAUGGGUCUCCGGUGGGCUCCUGGAACAUACGGAUCUAAGAAGGCAGCCAAGAUACCUGGAUAACCUGUGCUCUCGAGACUCCUCAGCUCCACGGUUCCAGACAGCACCCCGGACCCCUUCAUGGCCACAACGCACGCCUGGCAGGGCCCCCUCCCAGGCGCAAGGAGGAUAACCGACCCCACAGCUCACCUGUUGCCUCCCACCCACAAAGCAGCCAGUCCUCGGCCUGCUUACCCUGCCUUGCCUUUCCCUGGGAGCGAUGCUAAAGGUUCCUGGCCCUGUGUUCCCCUCGCCCCCUCUGCCCCCUGAACAACCCUGGUGCUCCCCGCCCCCCCCCCCCGUGGCGACUGCACCUCCUAUUUCUAGGGACCCGUGAGUAAUAAACCUCUUCCUUCAGGAUGACAUGUCUCUUUAACAUUAGCAAAAUAAAUCAUUAAAAAAAAAAGCCACUCCCACAGUCCUUCCCUCCGACCUGUUAAAUUUGGGGCCUGUCCCUCCAGCCUUUUUUCUGGCUCUGCCUGUCCCCCUGCACAGGUAGAGUUUUUAUAAAAGUGGGGUUCUGCCUCCUACCCACGUUUGUCACCUGCUUUGUCGGGUUUAUCACUCCAUGCGAAGAGGAAAAUUUUGGCACAUGUAACGUCCCCAUUGCAUUUUACCGGGUGCAUAAUCCAUCUGUGUUGUCUCCUGAGUGUUUCGGGAUUAUAAACCGUAUUAUAGUGAUCAGUAGAUUUAGUUGAACUAGUAACUAGUUGCUUAACUGGAAAGCCACAUAGUACUCCUUUUAAUUUUCUGAGGAAUUCCCAUAUUGUUUUCCACUGUGGCUGCACCAUUUUGCACUCCCACCACAGUGCGUGAGGGUCCCAGUUCCUCCACAUCCUCACCAACGCUGUGUCUUUAGUUUUUUCAAAAAUAGCUUAUAUAGUAGCCGUUCUAACACAUGAGAGGUGGUAGCUCAUGGUUUUCAUUUGCAUUUGUCCAGUGAUUAGUGAUGUUGAGCAUCUUUUCAUCGGUCCAUGGGCAUGUCUUCUUGGGGGAAAGGUCUCUUCGAGUUCUUGGCUCGUUUUUUUAAGUGAGGUUAUUUGUUUGUUUGUUUUUAUUUGUUUUUGCUAUCGACUUGUAAGAGCUCCUCUUUAUUUUGAAAACUAAUCCCUUUGGUGUUACGGUUUGCAAACAUUUUCUCCCUUUCCAUAGCUCGCCUUUUCACUGUAUCGAUUGUUUCAUUGUUAGUUUGAUGCAGCCUCUCUUGCCUGGUUUUGCUUUUGCCGCCUGCACUUGGCGCACCCGGCCAGCUGAUCAUCGGCAGGGCCGCCAAGGACACACAAUGCGGGCAUGGGCUAUCUCUCUGACAAACGGUGUGGGGAAAACUGGACAUCCACCCACAAACGGACGACAUUGGACCCUUCCCCUAUAGCACACCCACAAAUCAACUCCAAAUGGACUAAAGGCUUGAAGAAUAAGUAAAAUAAAAUACUACCUUGUCUUAAUUACUAUAAUCUUAAAGGAAUUAGUAAUAUCUCAUAGGAAACUGUGUUCUCUCUCACUCUUUUUUUUUUUU